GUUGGUCGUCCAGCGCGCACCGCCGAAAUACGACCAUGACUAACGGAAGAUUUGCUGGCGUCACGUGCCGCGGAGACGGCGUGCGGCCGCGCGCAGCCCCCAGUCUCGCGCUGUAGGCGUCGCGUCACCUGCCGUCGCGUCGCAGUCGCAGUCGCAGUCGCGGCCGCCGUCGGUUCCCCGUGCCCGUGAUUCCCCCGAGUGCGCGAGCAGCUCUUCAGCGGACCGUCUGUGUUGCUCUUCCAAGUUCCUGCCUCUUCGCUGCUGCGGACCGGAUUUCCCGUCGCGAUGGACGCGGUGUACCCCGAACCGCUGUCGCGCCUGCAGCACCGUCGGGCGGUGCGCAAGCCCGUGCACCGCGGCCCCGGCGCCUGCUCGCUGCGCUACCGCACCCAGCCCGUCACCUUCGCAGAGAUCAAGGAGGUAGAUGAAGAGAACAUUGAUGACACAUCUACUGAGACAACUGCAGGUGCAGCUAGCAAAUCCGAACUUGACAUAAACACGAAAUUCGAAGAAUUCUGGAGAGCCGGAAGGGAAAAAGCCAAACAGAAGAAAAAAGCAAAAGAAGCAAAUAAAUCAAAAGUGAUUUCCACUGACUCAAGUCCAUCAUCACCUGAAGAUGAUACAGGAAGUGAAACCAAAAAUUUGACACAGACUUUAUCAAGUCAACGGCCAUCUAUCUGAGAUGUUCAGAUACGAGUAACCAAAUUUUUCCUGAGUCUGUCUCAUGAAGUUGAGAAUAUAAACUUAUGAGUGAUGACUGGUUGCUGCAAAUCUUGCAGUACUAUUUUUAUGGCGUGUGACAGACACUAAUAUUUUACAGUCAGAAGAAAUAUUUGUCAAUGUGAAGAGUGCGGAGCAAUUAUUGUGGGCACUGUGAUAGUUUUUUAGAUGGCUCCUCUCGAAUCGAACCGAAUGACUAAUACGAAUAUUUUGAUUACUCGUUUUUCACUUAUGUAUUUCUUCACAUAGUUAUUUCAUUUUUAUUUUUUAUCACAGUAAGUUUAAUUUUUGACCAUAAAAAUGAAAACAUCUCAUACGAAGAAGCUGUUGAUAUAACCGUGUGUUACUUAAACUUAACUGACAAAUUUUAUUUAUAUUAUUUUGUAUUUGAUAAUGUAAAAUUUAUGUGUGAUAUCAGAGGAAUUAUAUUUUCAUUGUUGACAGAACUGAAUGGUACUGAAUGAAUCUGCAAAAUCUUGGAAUAAAUUUAGAUCACAAAAAUUGGUAA